GUAGAGUUCUAACCUCCCGCUGAACCUCCGCCUCUGCGCACGGCCCGGGCGGUGUGUUGCGAGCCCGGCAGCAGCCCGCCCGUUCGUGCUGUGCGGCACGGUACGGCACAGAUCGGCUCGGAUCCCGGCAGCCUCCUGGUGCUGGGGCCAGCUGCCGCCCUCAGUGAGGCCACGUCGGUAAUGUCCGCCCGCCUUCAGGCCAGCGCUCAGCGCCCAGCGCCGAGUGGCAAGCGCCGCGGCCGUGCUGUGCGCUCAGGUCACGCAGGCUGCAGGGACACGGGCCAGCGGGGUCCCCGGACACCCCUGAGAGGGCUGCGGAGAGGGAGGCGCCCCGUUCGUACCCGCCGCCUUCGCCCUUAGGCUGAAGAGAUGAUUUUAACAGGAGGUUUGAGAUCUGUCCUUCCCCAUGUGCUGCGAAAAGUAAUUCGAUGCAACAGACUCCAUAUUAGUAGUACCUCUGGCCUGGCACAGGGCUAUAAACAGGCCAGUGUUGUGAUUUUGCACAAGUCCCUGGCUGAUGACUUUGAGAAGUUCUGCCAUGCAAAUGAUGGACCCCUGCCACUGCUGUACAGAAGUAAACCAGGUGACUGGAAAUGUCCUUCUUUGAGUAGUGAUUCUGAUAUCAGAACUGACUGUCUUCAGUACCAAGUAUAUGAGCAUGGAGCUUGCACUGGAACACUGAAAAGCUUAAAGGAGUAUUCUGAACAACUGAAGGACAUGGUUACUUUUUAUUUAGGCUGCAGUUUCUCUUUUGAAAAAGCAUUCCAAAAUGCUGGCAUUCCAGUAAGAAACGUUGAGCAAAAAUGUAAUGUGAGCAUGUAUAAGACAGCCGUGCCUUGCCACAGCAUUUCUGCUUUUUGCUGCAACUUAGUAGUCACAAUGAGACCUAUUCCUGAAAGCAAGUUGGAAGCAGCUGUGCUAGCAACAUCUGAACUAAAAGAUGCCCACGGAGCACCAAUUCAUGUGGGUGAUCCUGGUCUGCUGGGAAUACAAGAUAUUUCCAAGCCAGAUUAUGGAGAUCCAGUUCACCUUCGCUCUGGUGAUAUUCCAGUGUUUUGGGCCUGUGGAGUGACAGGCAUAGAAGCAGUCAUCAAUUCCAGAGCUCCAUUAGCUUUUACUCAUUCUCCCGGCUGCAUGUUCAUUACUGACCUAAAGAAUGACAACGUUACAGCCAGACCCUCAAGGAAAGUCCCACAGGUUCACUGCAUUUCUCAAGAUCCUAUGCAUUAUAGUGUUGUGUCAGCAGAAGCAGCCCAAAAGAUAAAGACUCUGGAGACCCUAAUUGGAAUUGAUCCAGGAGAUCGGGGUGUAUCUCAUCUACUCUGCCAGGAUGAGCUGCUCAGGGCUUGCCUCUCUAUCUCCCAUGCUCGCUCAGUGCUGGUAACAACUGGAUUUCCAACCCACUUCACUUACGAGCCGCCGGAAGAGAACGAUGGGCCCCCGGGAGCCCUGGCGAUUGCAGCUGUAUUGCAGGCCUUGGAGAAAGAGGUUGCCAUGGUAACAGAUCAGAGAGCCAUGAAUCUGAAUCAAAAGAUUAUUGAAGAGGCUGUGCAACUCGGAAUCCUGAAGAGUCCUGUCCCAUUGUUGAGUUACCAAAGAGAAAAUGCUGACUCAGCUUUAAAGUUUUUAUGUGAGAAUGGGAAUCCUGAAAGACCUAUAUUUGAUCACCUGAUAGCAAUUGAGCGUGCGGGGAUGGCUGCUGAUGGCAAUUACUACAAUGCCAGGAAAGUUAACAUUAAACAUCUAGUGGAUCCCAUAGAUGAACUAUUUUUAGCUGCACAAAACAUUCCAGGAGUCUCAACAACAGGUAUUGGAGAUGGAGGAAAUGAAUUAGGAAUGGGCAAAGUAAAAGAUGCUGUGAAGAAGCACAUAAAAAAUGGAGAUGUUAUAGCUUGUGAUGUUGAAGCUGAUUUUACUAUUGUGGCUGGGGUCUCUAACUGGGGAGGCUAUGCCAUGGCCUGUGCUCUGUAUAUUCUCAGUACUUGUGAAAUACACGACCGCUACCUGAGGAAAGCUGUUGGGUUUCCACAGUUACCAAAGAAGAUGCUCUGGCUAUCAGCACUUCCAUCCGUUACCAAGGAAGAAAAGCUUCUGAAAACACUUGUGCGGCUUGGAGUCCGCAGCGGAAAAACUGCCAGCCUAGAAAUGGAAGUGGAUGGGCUGCCCUUCUACAACACCCACUCACUCAUGAUUGAAAAGCUGCUGCAAGAGGUGCAGCAGUGACUGCCCCCAGUGAUUUCUACAUCAAGUGUUGCUCUCUUAUCUCCUUAUUCCCUAGGGUUUCACAAGAUAUAUCAAUAGAAGAUGACUUUUAAUCUGUGGUGUCUUGGCCACACACAACCUUUCAUUGCUACCCUUACAACACCUCUGUGAAGUGAGGAGAUGAUUCCAUCAUGAUGAUUUGGUCUACCUUCCCCUUCUGACAUUUUAUAAUGGAUAUUAAAUGAUACUGUACACUAAGAGGUGAUCUGGCCUUUAUAAAGAAAGCUUUUCAUUAAAAUGAAAAAUUAUUGCAUUGCUGUUCCUGUUUUACUG